AUGAUUGGAAAAUACUUUGAAGUAAUCUUACGCUUCGAUUUUUCAUCCUUCGCGAGAAACAUGAUACGAAAAAAGCGAUUACAAGUAUUCAUUUAUUGCGCGUUGCAAAUUGUCCAUGUGCUGUGCGAAAGCGGCGGUGGCGACGGUGCGACUCAUGAAAAUAAAACGGUGAACGGCGGUUCCAUUGAAAUUCCAGUGCUCAAUAGUGACGACUACGCGGUGUCCAUAAGACGAUUAAAUGAUUCUUAUCCUCAAACGUUGAGAAAUAACGAGACAUUUGUGAACGAGGCGACGGGACUCGAUCGAAAGGACGAGCAGCUCCUGUUGGACUAUUACCAGUGGACGACCGAUAUAUUAAAUUUGGAUUUGGACAUUGAUUUCGAUCGAAAUCAGUUUGAACAUGGUACGCUUGACGAGCUAAGAAGUAACGAGAUGAUAACGGUGGUGAAUGCGUGCGACGAAACAGAUCGACUAAACGUACGAAACUUAACAGUUGUUGAUGUUAAUACUGAAUGGAUAUUUGUUUCUUGGGAAUCUCCUUGCACGACGAACGCAACGGAUGAGCCACCAUCGGUGGUGACUUACUCGAUCGAUGUAUGCUCGAAAGAAAAAUGUUUGACGGAUAUUCCUCCGACGAAGGACACAAAAUAUAAUGUUACUGGCUUGCAACCGUGCAAUCGAUAUAAUUUUACGGUGAAAGUGGUUCAUGCGGAAUCAGUUGGAAUUACUAUAACGGGGUCAACGAGUUCCAAUAUUUCGAAAAUCGGGGGUAUUCGAGAGUUACAAAUACACGCCACGGUUAAUACAGUUGAUUUAAAAUGGUCUCCCCCGGAAGAAUAUUCGGCGUGCGUACGUAAUUAUCUAAUUACGCAAUGUUUCAAGGAUACUUGUACCAACGUAACGACCGAAAGCGAGCAGUACACUGCAGAGAAUCUACAAGAAUGCCAAAAGUAUCCCUUUAUAAUUAGAGCCGUCGCGGAUACCGUGCAAUCCGACGGUUACAAUAUCACAGUAAAAACGAAUUCACCAAAAUAUAGCGCGCCUCGCCAAUUAAAGAUUGUCCAGCCUAAUCCGUACUCUUUGUUCGUUGAAUGGAAACCACCGACAGAAGGAUCAUCCUGCAUCAAGCAUUACCGCGUUACUAUCAGUCCGCAACCCGCAACGACGAUACCAGUAUCGGGAACAAACGUGACGAUAUACGAUUUGCACGCGUGUACUAGUUAUUCGAUUUAUAUUAACGCCGUGGACGAAGAUAAUAACGAUGGAAAUAUGUUGACUGAGAAGACGACGACGGCAGUAGCUGUGUCGAAAUCGCCGAUAUUGGAUAUAGAACCUGACGUCACGAUAAAUAGUAUUCAUUUUGUAUGGAAAAUUGAAAAAGGUAACAGCAAUUGCACUUUGCAAUCGUUGAAAGUUAUUUGUAACGCUACGACAACAAGUGGACACGGUUUCCAACUUAAGAAUGGGAAUGCCGAGGUGCCCAUCCAUUCUCGUAUUCAGGAUGAGAGUAUCACGGUUACAUCGUUGGUCCGAGACCUUAGCCCGUUCACCUCUUAUAUAUGUUGGGCAUAUGUUAUUAACGAUGCAGGGAAUAGCGAAUCAAGCAAUUUCAUGAACGUAACCACAGGAGAGGAUAUACCGUCCGCACCUACGAUCGACGUCGUUAACGUAACGUAUUCGAAAUUUAUAUUCGUAUGGGAAAUACCCAAGUACUUGGCGGGCAAUUUACGUGAAUUCGUGCUCCUCCUUCGACAAGAAGAAAUAUGUUUCCCCGUCCCUAAAUGGUGUCCGGAAAUAGGUACCAUGCUCAAAGUACUACGUUUCAAUGGAUCUACGUUGACUUUCGAAUAUAACGAUGCAAGAGCGUUUACAACAUAUAAAGCUAAAAUUAAAGCAAGCACGAACGUAGGGUGGGGAAAUUACAGCGAAGAAUGUACACUUAAAACGCCACCCGGAGUUCCAGGACCGGUAUCUAACUUCUCAUAUUUAAUUGCAAACAAUAUAUACGACACCAAUAUUUUGGAUACUAAUCUAACAUGGAGUUUCCCGUGUUCUUCGAAUGGGAUAUUGGAAUAUUUUUUUGUAUCUAUAUAUGGGACUAGAGAAAACUAUGAACCACAUUCUUUCACGUUUAGAAAGCAAAUUUUCAAUGAUGAUGAUGAUGGGAUCAAUGCGAACGCUGCAGUGUCGAUACAUUUAACGGACUCAGAACUUAAAGCAGAAUACAAUUAUACUUUUAAAGUAUUCGCGAAAAUUGUGGGAAAUCCUGAACUUGGCCUACCGGCAAGUCAGCAAGUCGUUUAUCCUGCUGGUAUUCCAAACCAGCCUGACGACGAUUACGUAAAAUCUAUAACUAUAGAUCCAGCGAAUACACGAAGAUCUACGACAGCAGUCACGCUUCUACUUCCCUUAUUUCCUGAAGUAAACGGCAAAAUCGUUUAUUAUUCUAUCAUAGUGUCGAGAAUAGAUUACAACGUUCCAUCGAGCACCAGAUUUGAUAAUCGUACGUGGCCGAAUAUAUCUUCCUGGGCGGAAGCUAUGUUACACGAUUUUACAAUGCCUUAUCAAGCUACUAGACUACGAUGGGAUCCUUAUCCUGACUACGUCGCCGAUUACGGUGAUGUAAAAGCAGUCAAGUAUACGGUCGGCGACGAUUCGUCUUGUAAGGAACUCUCCUCGUCCAAUACGGAUAGAAGAUUUUAUUGUAACGGACCUCUUAAACCAAAUACGUGGUAUCACGUUAGGAUGCGAGCUUUUACCAGCGGCGGCUAUUCCGAUUCUCGGACGUUUCUGAUAAGAACUAAUAACGAGGUAAAUAUCCCACUUGUUACUGGUGUCGUUUUCGGUAUUUUAUUUCUGGGUAUUUUCACAACAAUGAUGUUGUUAGCUCGCAGGUGUUCGCCUCAUGUAAUACUACGACGUUUCUUACACUCUGACAUGUCUGGAUCACCAGUGCCUGCACCAUUCACAAAGAAAAAAUUUAUAGCACAUUGUGAACGGUUGAUCGACAACCCUGGAAAAUUAGGUAACGAAUUUCAACUGCUUCAAACUCUUAGCGUCGACUUACAAAUGCCAACGAAUACUGCAUGUUUGCAAGCUAAUAAAAAGAAGAACAGAUAUGCAGAUAUUUUACCAUAUGAUUUUUCAAGAGUUAAACUAAAUGUGAUCGAUAAUGAUCCCAAUACUGAUUACAUUAACGCGUCGUUUAUUAAGGGCUAUAGUGGAGAAGAUGAGUAUAUAGCUUGUCAAGGACCAAAGGAUGAAACUACGUUCGAUUUUUGGAGAAUGAUCGAACAAUAUAAUGUCAGUAUGAUAGUUAUGCUAACCGAGUUGAUUGAAAGAGGCAAAGAGAAGUGUCAUCAGUAUUUUCCAACGAUUCGAGAAACGUUUCGGUACGAAAGUAUGAGUAUAAAAUGCGUGAGCGAACUAGAUUACAGAUCUUAUACGCAUAGGAUGCUGAUAUUGCAGAAGGAGAACAAGAAGAGAUACAUAACGCAUUUACACUUCAAAGACUGGCCUGAUCAUGACGUUCCCGAGGAUUUUGAUCCGAUGAUACAUUUUUGCCAGAUUGUGCGCCGUAACGCUACAGCUGCUAAUAAAGGGUAUACCGUCAUACAUUGCAGUGCAGGAAUCGGUAGAACUGGCACCUUUAUAGCGAUAGAUAUAAUUUUACAAUAUCUUCGAGAUAAUAGAAAAUUGGAUGUAUUUGGAACAGUUUACAGACUGCGGCACGGUAGAAUAAACAUGGUGCAAAAAGAAAGUCAAUAUGCUUAUAUAUACAAUUGUAUAAGACAAGUGCUGAAGAAUCCUUAUUGUUUAAAAAGCUAUAAGCCUCCGCCUAUGGAUCUAGUAAGCGAAAAUUUGACUCUGAAGAAAGCGAGAAUAAUACCGAAUUUAUAUACAACUGCUAAUCUAGUCACCAAUUUUGAGAUGUGUAUUUAAUAAAUAUUUCUCAACUGAACACUUUAUUGACCGGUAACCUAUUAAUCGGCUUUUCGCUAUCGACGGUUUUCGUACAGUGGGUUGUUGUUUUUGUUUUUAUAAUAAUGCGGCGUCAACGUCGUUGAUUUACUGUUUUCGCAGUAGCUGUAUACUAACCACUCCAUAUCUUUAUCAAUUAUAAUAUUUUUUUACCGUUUCUAAUGGAUAAAGACUGUGCAGAUGAAGAGUUUUGCUUAGACUAAACCGGUACUUACUGAGUGGCAGCCUCAACCACGACCGGUCGAUAAA